AUGGCAGUCACUGACCGCAGAGUGACCGGAUUUUUGUUCUUGGCGUUGUGCAUAUUCUCUACGUGUGCAGCAACAAAUCAUCUCGUUUUGGACUAUAACUCUCCAGAGAGCGCACGGGAAGCAGGGAGAGUGCUCGACUUGAUCAUAGCAGGCGAUGCUAGCGAUGCUAUCAGAACCGACAAUAGAACCUGGAUACUACAAGGCUAUGCUUCGCUCUUGAAUCGAACCCAGCUCGAUCACGCAAUUCGUACUGCGCCCGAGACAUUGUCAAAGUUAUACUACCAACUGAACGUUCCAAUCAAAACAAGCACACUGCAAGCACUCGAUGAGACACAGGCAGGGUAUCGUCUGUACUACGACAUCCCUUUCUCCUACUGGGACUUCUACGACAAGCAUGUACCGGACGUCCAGAGCGCUGGCUCAGAGCCCUUUCAUAGUGAGAGCGGGCAACAACGCCAGCAUAUUCUUCAGUACUGCUCCGACCUCUACUCGGUGACAGCUCACAUGAAUUAUGGAAGUGACGCCAAUUUCGACGACAUGCCAUUUCUUUACGACAUUCUUACCAACUGCCCCGGCGUGAGGGAGCUUGACCUGGCUAUAACGCACUCUGGAUGUGUCGUCAGUCAUUACGAGAGUGCCUUUGACUUUGCAGAGAGCAAAAAAAUGUUCGCACCGCUCGAGUCGCUCAAGUUGUCGGGGUAUGAUCUUCAUUAUACACCGGCUGGAGAACGACGGUACGGAGCGAGAGAAUUCCAAAGAGGCAGCACUCCCAACACGUUCAAGAAGCUCGCCUCGACAGUACGCUUACUGGCGAGUUCACUACAUCGACUUGGCAUCAGAGAUGGUCUUCGGGACUUUUACAACUUUAUGAUGAGCUUCAGCAGCUACCCGUAUGAAACCCGAAGUGUACCAGGACCAGAAGUAGCUUAUGAUAACCUCGACGUCUGGCUACAGCGUAUGGACUGGUCACGCUUAAGACAUCUCGACCUGGGCCACGUUGAUAUGGACAAGCUGAAGACUGUUGUCGCAAGUGGUGCCAGUCCAGAAAGUCUAGUCCUACACCGGAGUCAUUGCUGCUCACCUGAGGAAGAAUACUCAGAUCUCGUGCGAAGCCUGACAAACCCGCUCAAGCAUCUGAAAGUCAAAGAUGUCGCAUUCGAGGCCUACGACGAGUUAAUCGAUGCUCUGAGCCCAACAGGCGAUAAUCUAGAGUCGCUGACAGUGACAGAAGGCGAAUACAAUCGGGACGAAUACUGCUCCUCGCGACCAUCUGAGGAGCACUGCCUAGAGACGUUUGGCACCUACUAUCUACCAAGACCAUUUCUCAACGCCUCGCAACUGCAUCAGAUCUCACAGCAGAAUGCAAAUAUCUCAGCCCUUGAGGUAGAUAUUGCUCGGAUUGUGCCUGAUAUCGAAGAUCGAUCUACGUGGUCUCUCGAUCAUGCUGCCCUGAAGGCUGCUGCCAUGCUCCCACAAUUGACGCACCUUAAAGUCAACAUCGAACCACCAGACCACUUGCUAGUACGAGCUGGUCGAGCAUCUGAGUACCCGGGCCUGCGCAGACAGUCCGAUAGCAAGCAGUUACCCCCUUUUUCUCAUGAUCCGAGCCUCAACCGUACCUCUGUUCCGGCUCUGUUUGAGUCUGUAAACGGGAACAGGCAGAAGGCCGGGUUGGUAUCUCUGGGUAGGCUGGAUCUCAAUGUCGGACAAUGGUCUCAGAGAUUUAGCGAUUGGGGUAUGCUGGGACCACCCGGACUGAUGAUCGGCGACUGGGUUUGUGAGGCUGUUGAUGGCGGAGAGCUGUCGUGGUGUUAUGGCGGUAACGAUCAUCUGGAUUAUGCCGACAUUGAGGACCCUUACUCCGAGGACUGGAGUGUACCGGAUCCGGUGAGGGUCUGCGGUUGGGGAAGUGAGGACUUUUACGAUCAUAAUGAACUAUGA